UGUAACAGCACUGGCUGUUGUAGAUGUUCAACGAGUGUGGAAGCUUAACAAAACAUUUUGCAAAUAUUGAAAUAGUGACAGUAUUUAAAUGGGUGACUCUGAACAUCCCGAGAAAACCGGGGAACCCGUUCCUGAUGCCAGUUGGCCAGAGAAUGGGGAUCAGUGGAGCGAUAAAGGAGAAGAGGAGGGAGGAGGAGGAGGAGAGGAGGAUGAAUGUGGACUAUUGCAGGAAAUGGCUGAAGAAGAUGAGGACAUUGACCUCUACAAUGAGGAGACAUUUGGCUUGGAUGAAGCCACAAGUGGUGAUAAUCCAGAUGCUGACCCUAUGGAUCUCCUGCUGCUGUGUAGCAAUAACUCCCCAACACCACGGUCUUCACCUCCUCCACCACCACCACCAUCUCCACCUCGCAGAUCACCUUCCCCUCACAUUUCCCGUUCACCCUCCAGACCAGGAUCUUGCGUUUGGCCCCACACUCCAACUGGCCGGUCUCAGAGAGGUAGAGCAGGCCGAGGGCAGCUGUUUGAUGACCCAGCUGUGGUGAAGACUGUGGAAGGUCGACCAAGCUUGAAGAGUCUUGAUAGUGCCAUUGUGGAUUGCAGCCUCAGCUCCUACUGGGAGGACCUCAAUUCAAAUACAUGGAUGAUAGCACCUCUAAAGUCCAGCAGGCCACCUACGCCGUCUAUACUUCAGGACCAGGCAAUUGUGGGAGUCAUUGAUGGAUCAAGACAUGGCAGGGUCCCACCUGUGUCUCCAAAUUUUGUGUCUCCAAACUUUCUGUCUCCUAUGCGCCCUUAUUCCACUAGCCGGGGCAGGAGAGGACAUCCUUUUGUUGGUUCCUUUAAUCAGAGAUGUCAUUAUCAGGCACAAAAGAAUCCCAUGGGCCCUUGCUCUCCCUUUCGUCCCCAAAGACUCUUUUCACCCCAGCAACAAUACAACCAGCCUAGAGGUUUUCUGUCACCUUCCCGUCCUCCUCUCUCUACCCCAAUGCCCCACACACCCAAACUCAUGACUUUGCAAUUUGGGACUGACUCCCCCAGGCCUGUUCCAUUCUACAGCCCUUCUGCCAACAUCAUGCAGGGCUUCAGAGCACCAGGUCCAGUUGCCCAGUUCCAUCCCCAGCAUAAGCGGCUUUUGAGUCAACGACAACAGAGACCUCUCAGAAAGCCAGUAAGCUGGGACCCAUAUUCCCAAAUCAUGACUGAUAAAGAAAAGGAAUGGAUAAUCAGGCUGCAGAUGAUUCAGCUACAGAGUGAAAAUCCACAUCUGGAUGACUACUAUUACCAGGAGUACUAUCAGAGGAUGGAAACCAAACUUGCUGAAGAGGAGUAUUUGGGUGACCGGUUAAAGAAGGAACCACCUAAACUCACAACCCCAUAUGUUACCAAAACACUCUCGUAUAUCCCAGUUGUCCACAUUGAAGGUUCACUCGGGCAGGUUGCAGUGUCUACUUGUUUCUCUCCUAGACGAGCAAUUGAUGCUGUUCAUGCGAACACACCUGAUGAGGAGCACAAAGACACUAGACAGCAAAGGUUGGAGGUGUUGAGCACUAUUGAGAAGUUGUACAUGGUUUUGUUAGAAGUUGAAGAGGCAGAUAAGAUGAAGGCAACAGUGUCUGACAAAGAUGAGGAAAAGCGGUUGACACAGAACAUUAAGAGGAAGGUGGAACAGCUGUACAAUGAGCUGCGAUGCACUAAUCUAUUGGACUCUGGAGAGGAAUUUCUCUCCUGUCUACUAAUAUCAAAAGGAAAGCGGAUGCUCGCCAGACUCCUUCCCUUCCUGUCACAUGAUGCAUCUCUGCAUGUCCUGAGCGUGGUGACCAAAAACCUCCCAGUACUGAUGAGCAGGGAUACAGAUGAGGCUCUGCCUGUUCUGUAUCCAUCCCUCCGUGCCGUGAUUGAUCGUCUUGCGUUCAGUCAACUAAUCAGAAUUCUCAAAGAGUUCACCGCAUCACUGCCUGACUCAAAAGACACACGGUUAACACUGGCCUGUCAAAACAAGUUUGGUCUGUCGCUGCUGUACGCUUUGCUCUCGCAGGGGGAAAGGCUUUUAUCUUCUGACCUUCCCAUGGAGCCCAGCAUUGGAGACUUUGAAACCUGGACGGAUACAGUAUUCCAUGUGGCCCGGCAGCUAUCCCAAACAACACUUGUUGAGCCACUUCUUCUGCCCUCCAACCUGCUAACACUGUUCUGUCGAUAUCUGGACAAGCGGACCGUACAUCAACUAAAGAACAACAUGGAAUCAGCUACAGGAUAUCUGGCUGUAGCAUCAUAAAUGAGCACUGACCCUAUGACGUCUCUCUACAUUGACCUGAAACAUAGGACGAUGCUAAGCCUGAAUUAAACUGGAUUUUGUGGUGGACCACAUUCAUCCAAGACUUAUCUGUAUUCUUCUAAUCAACCUACAUUUCUUUUUCUCCCAAUUUUUUUUCCGAAGUUGCGUCAAGGUCAGAUUUGCACACUAAUUGGCAAUUAGCACUUUUUUGAUAUGUGGCUGAUAUUCAGUCAUUAAUCAUGACCAUAUGAAGCGUGUCGUGUCACAGAUAAAGCUGAUAAUGUUGGAUUUGUGGUCUGCAGGUCUUCAGAGCAAGCUGCUGGGGUUGAUGUAAUUAUGCAGUUGCACUAAAGGUGUUGGGUUUAAUUUGUGAUUAUAAAAAUGUAUUUUGUUAUAAAUCCAGCUAUGUCUUUCAAAGAAAGGUUUUGGGUGUUAAUUUAGAUGCCUUUGUUAAUUUCAAAAGUAUGCAUGUUUAUCUGAAAAAUGUUUGCGGUAUGGUUUAAUUUGUUUUAUUUUUGUAAUUGUUCAAUCAGUGUCCUAACUAAUAUAUAUAUAUAUAUAUUCACUGUUGCAGAGCACAUGCAAAUAAAAAAAAUCUAAAAAUAAAAAUUUGUAA